AACCGCUUCUCCACAUUCCUCGCAAGCUACCCCGCACAAGCCCCACAUGCCGUGGAUUCAUAGCUUUUCUUGUUCGACUCCAUUUAUACCAACCUACAGCACUCCCCUUGGCCGCAUACCCUUUAACUGAACCCCCUUGGUCUAGGAAAUAAGGACCUCCUCUAUCAUUAACUUCCCGACCUACAUACCCUUACACUCGUACCCAGAAAACAAUACGGCCAACAUGGCGUCUGAGAACCCAAAUGAACCACCAGGCCCAUAUCCAACAGGGCAGCACAUCAUACCACCGCCGCGGCCAGCGUCCCCAGCAACGGCAGAGUAUCGGCUGAACCACCUGAUGCUGCGUAUCAAGGACCCGAAAAAGAGCUUGAGGUUUUACAACGACUGCUUCGGGCUGCAUGUCGUCUUCAUCUUCAACGUGGGGCCUUGGACGAUUUACUAUCUCGGACCACGUGACGUUACUAUUUCCAGCCUUGGAACCUCGAAGGGCUUGCUCGAACUCUACCACAUCCCCUCCGACUCCAGCCUCUCCUACACCUCCGGGAACGACUACACGAGCAACCCCUCCGGCAUCGGAUUCGGCCACAUUGGCUUCACGGUGCCAGACGUAGCGGAAGCCAUCAAGCACGUGGAAAGCUUCGGCUACGAAGUCAUCAAGCCGCUCGGCGAGGCUAAGGAGGACCAGAUGGCUGUUCCGCAGGAGGUGGUUGAGGGAAGAGCCGGUGCGGUGGAUGAAGGGUAUAAGCAUGUGUUUAGGCAGUUGGCGUUUGUUAGGGAUCCUGAUGGCUAUUGGGUUGAGUUGGUGCCCCAGGUUGUGAAGCCACCGGAAAUAGCGUGAUGGGAAUAGAGAUGCUUGGAGUGGGCCUGGGCAAGGGUAGCAUCCCCCUGCCCUCCAAGAAACUUAUGCUAUAUUCGUAUCCCUAUCGGACUCAUCCACCAUC